GGCUUCAGUCAGUCGUGCGAGGAGCGGGACUCGCUAGGGUGGAAGGCUCGUUGCGACCGUUCUGGUCACCCUUGCCUCGGGACAGACUCCACCUGUUUAUCAUUCCGUCGCGUAAACCAACAAUAGACGCACCGUGUGAAACGCGAAACGUGGGCGGAAAUGUCGCCGACGUCGAUCAAGAGAAAGAAUCGCGGGCUGAUCGAACGAUACACGAGAUAAUCGUCGUUGAAAAGGGGUGGAUGGAGUGCCGGCAGCCUAACCAGUGAUUUCGGCGUGAUAAGCAGCUUAAUUGAUCAGGUUCGGCGGUCUGAUUGGAUUUGUGGUCGGGCCUGGAUUUAGCAUUAAGAAGGAUGGGUUGGACGCUCACCGUUCUUGGGGUGGCUUUAGCCAUUGUCGUCGUGGCUAGCGCCGCCCUGGCACUUUACAGGAGAAGGUAUUGCAUCAACUGGCAAUGGAGCGCUAGAAACAUUUGGAACAUCUGCGAGCAAUGGCGACAAAGGCUAUCGUGGUUAUGGGCGCCGCGAGAAGAAAAGGUUGGUUUAGUGAAAGCACAACAUCCAAUAGCCCAGACAAUUCCCGGUUUAUAUCGACAACCUGGAAAUGCAUCUCAACAUUUGCUUCACAGCGACAGCGACCUCAGACUCGACGCGCAAGGAGCUUUCACCAGAUUCGAACCGGUAGAUAGAGAUCUUCAUCCGCCUCUGGGCACUGCUACCGGCAGCACCAUACCACCGCAGCCUUUGAGACCAGCACCUCAACCAAGGCCAACUUCACGUCCAAGGCCAUCUCCGCUUCAAACCUCCAGCACAGUAGACUACCUGAGAAUGCAGGAAGCUGGCCCGGUACCUCUGACACCGCCGCCAUCGUUGCAGAGAGCAUCGAUUCCUUCGAGGUCGAACGGUCCGUCGGUCUUUCUUUUCCAGAACGAGCCCAUGAAAAAUUAUGCAUUACAUCAAGCAUCGAACGACCACGGUUCGUUUAGAUUCGACGGUGAGAAACCGAACACUAUGACGAAUGAGAAUAUUCAGAUGACACCGUACGGCUCACAAAAUCACAUCGACGCAAGAUUGAGAUACGAAUUCGAGGAAGAACCGAGGAAAGAGCAGAAUAGGCACAAUCCUUACAGGCAAUUCGAUACCGGCCUCGAAUCGACAAGAAUUAGGUACGGUGUACAUGGUGUACCUAUAGCUACGCUAGAUGGGAAAGGGGACGAGGACAACAACACGAGCUACGGCAGUUACGACAUCGUCCAAAGGAAUCACAUAAUACGGCAACAUGUCCGGAAUGAUUCGAGAAGCUCGCCAAGCAGUUUCGAUAUGACGAAUUCUUCGAAUGCCGCCAGCCAGACUAUCAUGGGAUCGAUAUACGGAUCCGAGGAACUAUCCAAGAUGCUUCGCAGCACUCAGAGUCUCGGCAACGACCUCGAUCGUAAGAGCAACGAGAUGCAAAGCAUCGAGAUGACGCCCUUUACAAGUUCCAGCCUUCAGGACGAUAUCAGCCCGUGCUACCUGUUUCGCGAGAAUCAAGGGUUGCAAAAGGUCUCGCAAUAUAUUCAGAGCUUACCCGAUCUUCCUAUAUACGACUCGAUCAACGACCUCGGACUCCACCGAGAUCAGGAUCGCAUCCUCUACGAUGACACGAUUCAAACAUCGAUCAACGCGUUGAAGGUCAACAGUGAGGUAGCUUCCAGUCCGAUACCACCGCCACCCGCGCCACCUGACCCACCGAAAGAUGUGCCAAAGAAGAACGGCCAGACAACCGGCGAAAGAAUAUUCAACGCUCUCAGAUUGGUCACGUCUCACAGCUACAUCGACGCCUCGGAAUUUUACAACUCAGUCGUAUCCUCGGCACAACAAGUUCAACGUUUCACCUUCCCAUCGAGAUCUCCGUCGUUGGUGGUGGAGGAUAACUCCACUACUAGACUGCACGAUGAAGUUCAAGAUAUUUACGCGGAGAACGAUUCCGAUGUGAUAGGUCCUGACGGCUCUAGGCGUAGCUCCGAUCUUUACAGUCCUGAACUCAAUUUAGAAGCACAUAGAACUGCACAAGAGGUGUACAAUAGUUUACAAGAUCCACCGUCGUCGCCGUUGUUAGUUAAAGAUCACAGUCAAGAGGUUUACACGUAUAUGACUGACCCAAGCUUCACGAGAACCUCAGAGGAUAUUUUAAACAGUAUCGAGCAAAGAAAAAAAAGUAUGGAGAGAUUGAACGGUAUCCAUGAACUCAACGAACUCGAUGACGCUGACUCGUUAAGAAAACGAAACAGUCACGACUUUUUUGUCGCACUGGAGGAAGCGCAAUUGAAGCGAAAGUUCUCUCAGGCAUUUGUCACAAACUACACGAUGAACGAUUACAAUGACAUCAAUCCCGGAAGUCGUCGUGGACCUCAGGGCCCGGAUCCAGAGCCACCGCCGGAUGAAUCGAACCUAAAAAGGGCAAUAAGCUGCGAAAGUGUAUGCUCGGAUACCAGUGUAGUGUUAAACGAUCUCGAAGAAGCACCUGUCGUCGGUCAUGUGUGCGUCGGUGUCCAGUACGACAGAUGGGGUGGCCGAGGUGCUGAUAGCGAGGGUGAUCUCGCGGUCAGCGUUCUCGAAGCCAGAGAUCUCGUCACCUCGGACGGACAACCUGCUCAAGAUACCUUUGCCAGAGUUUGUCUGUUACCGAAUAGACAAUUACACGUGAAAACCCGGCUGUAUAGAGGCAGUCCGUCGCCUAGUUAUCAAGAAAACUUUUUGUUCCCCCUGGACGAUGGUCCCACUGGAAGAACUCUUCUCGUUGAAGUAUUUUCUGACGAGACCAGUAUAGGUGAUGGAACAUCCCUCAUCGGAGAAGCUAGGUUACGUCUAGGACCCGCCUCAAGAGCACCUGCAACUACGUGGUUACCACUUCUGGGAUCAGCUUUGCCCACGCCAAGACUUGGAGAGUUGAUGUUCUCUUUGAGCUACUUGCAAACGGCUGAAAGACUCACCCUGGUGGUUGUGAAGGCUAGAAAUUUACAUGGUGUCAGUACCGUGCCCGGUGAUUUCUUCGUUAAGGUUUACUUGCUACAACAAGGCAAAAAGAUCCACAAGAAGAAGACGUCUGUGAAAAAGGGAGAAGAAAGUCCAAUCUUCAACGAGGCAAUUAUUUUUAACGUUCCCAGUCAUAUUCUGCAGAACAUACAGAUAAGGCUAACUGUAGCGGAAGUAAACAAUGAACAGGGUGUAAAUUCGAAGCCGUACUCCGUCGGACACGUUAUCGUGGGACCUACGUCAGCAGGACGAGCAUUCGUCCAUUGGCGACAAAUGUUGGCUGCUCAAAGACGCCCUGUCGCCAUGUGGCAUCCGCUCAGGAAAUGAAAGGAUCGCGUAGGAUGUUGGCAAAGCGAAUAUAUAAUAGAACGAAAAUCUGCACGGAUUUAAAGUAUACUGGGAGAACGGUAGGAUUACGUAGACACGAUGUUGUAGUGAGUCAUCCUGAUAUUCGUCCGAGUUUUCAGCCGUUCACUUUUAAAAAGCAUUAGGUACUUUCCCAUGCUUCAACGAUUUUCUUUGGAAUUAGAGCAACAUUGCAAAUUACGAUAUAGAAAUUUCAAUCUUUCAAAUAGGAGAAUUCUGAUAAGCAUUUUCGAUUUUCGAGGUCUUCCUAUUUUUGAGAAUAUUUCCAUUCAAGAGAAAGAAGCUUGAGAAGGAAAUGAAGUUACGUUUUUUUAAAUAGACCGUUCGAAACUGCGUGAUCUUUUAGAAUAACCCAAUAAUAUACAGUAUUAAUUAAUAGUCUAUUUUCAUUAACAAAAAGAAUAUAGAAGAGAGAAACCUAGAUGAUUUUGUUGACCUUUGAAAGAAACGAUCACGUAUAAUUCGUUGGAUUUAUUGUAUAUAAAUUCGUGAAUUUACAGGGUGCUGACAAACUUAAGGCCUCAAUGCGAAAGAUUUUUCUAUUCACGUUACGAUUACUUGUAAGUAUUUUACCGAAUGUCCAGCUUUCUCUCUUUAACCGUUCUCCUCUAUGCUCUAACGAGAAAGCACACUCGUAAACGUGUGGCGACACGUUCCAAGCAGAAACAUGACAAUUCAACAAAAUCUACAAUUCAUCGUUUUCGAUUUGAUGGUAUAAAAUUCUCAAUGUCAAACUCGUAUCCUAUUGUACAUGUACUAAAUGGAUGUACAUGAUAUGUUGUUUCGUCUAAUGAUAAGAUUCGAAUUGACGGCUCCGUGACGAAAGCUCACGCGAUUUGCUCCAACGUGAAUCACGACACAAGGUUACCGUUAAAAUGGAAGAUAAACAAGCAAAAUUGUAAGAAACGUGAGAAUGAAUCGGGAUGUAACACGGAGCUGAUAUCAAUCAUUUCAGACUGAUAUAUCGAUAUCAAAAGUCAUCGUCAAGCACAAAUCGCUGUAGGUUCUAAAUGGAUCCACAUCGUUCUCCAUACCGUGUGUCCCUCCACGAGGAAGGUUCGAACGAACUUUGUGACGAGACCGCUAGAUUCUCGCUACGAGGCUCAAAUAUUUGUAUCGAGAUAUCGUAUACGGCCGGCGAAUGUCAGAGCCAAGGAAUAUCCUUUUUGCCUUUGUGAAUUAAACAUCAAAUUGCAUACGAAAUUAUGCACAAACCAACCCGUACGAAUUAGCGAUGGCAUUAAAAAAUGUGUUCUCCUCUUCUUUCUCAGUUUCUUUUCCUUUGCAAAGGAAUACACGUAUAAACCGAUACAUUUUAGAAAAGCUUAAUCGAACCUUCCUUACGUGUAUAAAGAAAUGUCCAUCAGAGACAUCUUCUGAAUGUAUUCCGUAUGUACCUAUGUUGAUAUUAGUUAGAAUGCAGUUUGUUUCUUUUUCGAGAGAGAAAAAUUACCCUUUUCCACGUCGGAUAAUCAUCGUGUUCUUUAACGCCAGGAUUAUUUAUUAAUUUUUGUACGAUACUUGUAAAAAAAAAGAAAACAU